AUGCAACAAAACCGAUACUGCCUUCCACAGUGGAAUCGCUCACAACCCUCAGGGGCAACACGAGCGCCGGUCAAGAAGAUUGAGGAUUAUCGAGCCGGGUAUCCUCGAUUCACUGCCCUCUUAUCCGCACAUCAACCAUAUCUUAUUUGUCGACCCUUCACUCAACUUCGUGCUCGACUUCUUCUGCUGAAGCAAGACCGCCUCGCUGUUCUUGAGCAGACACUCGAACAAAUUGACCAAGACGAGGUGUCGCCUCUUUUCCUCGGCAAGAGCCGCUGCGAUAGAAAUACGGAUCGAAUCGCUCUCCUUGCGGAGAUUGAUUCUUGCCUUGCAGAUUACGAUCGAUUUGUCGAGCGUACGAAUCGCACAUUGAGCUUCAGCCCAGCCGAGCCGAGAGAUGUUGAGAGUCUCCAAAAUUGGUUGAACGGUACCGGCUGCGUAGCCAGAGAGGAGAGGGCGUACCUCUCACAACGUGAACUCAUAUCGGUAGCCCCGACACGCGAUAAUGCAAGAGUACAGUUUGAAGCAUGGAUAGAGGAUAAGCUUAUUCGAUUCUACCGCGGCUUCCGGAAGAGCCACCUACACGAUAUCUCAAACGACCCAAACGUGUACAUUUAUUCAGGGCCUGUAGUCCAGCGAGCCGCCAGAGCACUGUUGCUUUCACUCAUGGCGCUUCUGUUACUCUUACCGGUCGUUAUUUGCAAUGCGACUAAUAUUAUUUCAGCUCGCAUCAUUGUUAUGAUGGUGUCUACGAUUUGUUACCUUGUCGCAAUCUCUGAACUGACGCAACCAAAGACGAUGGAAUUGAUCCUCGCAGGUGCCACAUAUGCUACUGUUCUCACAGUGUUUGUUUCGGGUACUAGUGAACUAUAA